AUGUCCACCUCUAUCACGAUAAUAUUUUCACCAUAUCAUGUGGGCCUGCGCGAUCACCGCGUCGGCAACGGACCACACCGCAUACUCUCCCUGGGAGCCGUUGACGAACUCCGAAAGCUUGGUAUCCAAGUCGAAAUAUCUGAAAUCGAACCGGUUGAUAAUUUCGAAGGAGAAAUUGGGCGAAGCUUCGAGGUGAUGCGACGCAUUUCUCUAGCCGUUACUGCGGCCGUCAAGAAGAACAGCUUCCCGCUCAUUUUAUCGGGUAAUUGCAUGGCUAGUGCAGCGGCAGCCUGCGGGCUCCAAACCAAGGACCUCGCAUUUCUGUAUUUUGAUGCUCAUGAUGAUCUUGAUUCACCUGACGUUCAUGAGAACGGAUAUCUCGAUGCCAUGGGUCUUUCGAUGCUUCGCGGAGAAAGCUGGAAGACGCUCAUGAAGACGGUUCCGGGAUAUCAACCAUUUUCUUACGAGCGCUUUCUCUACUGCGGACUGCGCGAUCAGUCCCAGGUCCAGAGGCAACGAGUCAUUGAGGCUGGGAUGCGCGCAGUAUGGGGCAACAGCGCAAAGAAAGUCGACUUCUUAAAAGAACUGAACGCCCAACUCGACGAGCGUUCUUACAGUCCGGCGUUGGUUCAUCUUGACCUCGAUGUCUUGGACGAGUCUUGUGGAAAAAUAAAUGACUAUCCAUCACCGGGAGGACUAUUCGAAGACGAGCUUGUGGCAUGUAUGGGAUUACUACCAAAGAAGGUGGUCCCGAAAUCACUCACAAUUUGCUCUUUCGAUCCUAAUGCGGGAGACGGUGAUAAAAUUGCCCGUAUUGCGAUCCGUUGUAUUGGGGCUUUUACCAAGUCUCUGUUGGAAGUGAAUAUCCUCAAUUCGUCUCUUUGGGUUGUGUAA